UACAAAUUACAAGUAUAAAUCAAAUUACAGUCAAGCAUGGAAGUGUUUUUAGUUUUUUCGUUGUUUAUUUUAACUGUUAAUUCUGUGGCGAUCCGUGGACCUGAAUACACUAGAUAUGACCCGUGCAGUUUAGGGUUAAUAUACUUUGAAAAAUCAACAAAUACUUCGUGGCAAGGUGUUAUAAAUUUUAGUCUAUACCCUAAUAUAAGUAAUGCUGCGAUUGAAAUUAGUUUUGAUAAACCUAUGACAAUUUAUGGGGCAUCACACAAUACUAUAAUCACAGCUACGGACGAUUGGAAAGUGUUUGUAUUGAAACCAAGUGGGGAAUUACCGCCGCGUUAUGUUUUUUAUCUUGCAGAAAACAAUAAUGGAAACAAUGUGCCCAUUGUCACACAAGUUAAACUCAACGAUUUAGUACUGUGUAAUGAUAUAAUGAAGAAAGACCAAACAAUACAAUCCCUGAACAUGACCAAGCCAGAUGACACAGUACAACGCCAGGUAUGCGGGAGACGAGCGUUGCAAAACGCCGAACUAAAUUCUGUGAAAACAGACGUUAAGGCGGGGGACUGGCCAUGGCAUGUUGCUGUACUAAUCACAGGUCCCAAUGAUGUGAACCAAGCCAUGUAUCAAUGUGGGGGCAACAUUAUCUCUAAGACUGCAGUUUUGACAGCUGGGCAUUGUAUAUUUUUAAAUAGAGUUCGAGUUCAUGUAUCACAAUUUGUAGUUGAAGCUGGCAUUGAUAACUUACUCGAUGCAUAUCAAGUUGGUAGACAAUCAUUACGUGCUGUAGACAUUAUAAUUCAUCCAGCUUUUCAUUUGGACGAGGCAACAGCUGAUUUAGCUAUCAUUCGAGUUAAUCGGUUCAGAUAUUCGGAAUAUGUACAACCAAUAUGUAUUUGGGGACCCUCAUAUAAUAAAGAAAAUCUUUAUGGAGAAACCGCUUUGGUAGCUGGCUUUGGAACAACGGAAGAAAAUAAGCUGUCUAACAAAUUAAGGUCAACGUACACUGUAGUGCAGAAUGAUACCACUUGCAUUGCGUAUUCGCCUCAAUUGUACAUGAGUUUGCUGAACGAAUUCACUUUUUGCGCCGGUCUAAGUCCUGACGCAGGUACGAGCCCUCUUCAAGGUGACAGUGGAGGCGGGUUAGUAGUAGCCGUAAUGCAACCGGAUCACAAAGUUAGCUGGUUCCUGCGUGGUUUACUAUCGAAAUGUGGGGUUCCACAUGGUAAAACUAUGUGCGAUCCUACCUUCUAUGUAGUUUAUACAGAUGUCGCACCACACUAUGGAUGGAUCUAUCAUCAUAGUGGGUUGAGCUAUUUGAACAAUAUUGUCGAUUAGUUAGUUUUAUUUUAUGUGAUAUGCCUAUAGAAGAGUAGACUGUAUCCUUGUAAUAUUGUUAUAGAGGAAGGAUAAAAGUGGGCCUGGGACUUAAAUAUUAUUACUCAAUGAUCUAAGGCCUAGGAUGAUGAAAUUUGUAAAUAUUAAUUAAGUGAAAGUCACAUCAUAGAAAUAAGAGAACUAAUUGUAGCUUCUAAUAGAUGUCAAUAAAACUUAUUAAACA